UUACUGUAAAUACUACUACAGAUACUGUAGUACUUCUGGUAUUAGUAUAAUGACAGCUUCUACUGUAGUACUGAUAUAACUGUCACUCAUUCCUCCAGAUGUGGUGUCUAUAAUCAAUCAGAUAUAUUGAUCACCUGUAAACACCUGAUCAUCAGACAUGAUGACAGCGGCUCAGCUCCCGCAGCAGAGGUCGCAAGAAGUUUCACUUCUGGCUCUGGAGCGUCUGAUGAAACACUCAGAGUUUGUAGUUCAGACCAUAAGAUCUGAUGUACAACAGCAUUACCUUGUGAAACAGGAAGUGAAGAUCUCAUCUGUCUUUGAAGGACAGAGCAGUUUCACAUCACAGCUGUGCUGCUGUCGGGAGGCUGUCUCUUCAACCUGCUCAUGGAUUUGCUUUGGAUGAUGCUGCCUGUGUUUGUGGUUUGUGCAGAGGCCCUGAACAUGACUGAGGUACAGGUGCAGCUUGGUCUCAGCAUCACUUUGACCUGCUCUGAGAACCUUCCAGACCUGUACUGGUACGCACAGAUCCACGGACAGCUCAUUGGAUUCAUCGGUCGCACUUUUUCUGGAAACUAUGCGCCUAGCAUCUGUUCUCCAAAUAAUACAAGCAAAUACCUUCUCCAGGGAAACACACUGGAGAUCAAAAACAUCACAGCGGACGAUUGCAGACUUUACUUCUGUGGCAAGAAGAAGAACAGCAACAUCAUUUAUCUGGACACUUUCCUCCUAGUCUCAGACCGAAAACAGGAGCAGUACACCUGGACCAUGAUGCAGAGUAACCCCGUCAUGUUCGGCUCACUCACCCUGAAUGCUUUACUCCUCUUAGUGACAAUAGGUCUGGGGUCUACGUCACUGUGUUUCAAGAAGAAGACUAGAGACGUCCAGGUGAAUGGCCCAUCACCUGUCACGUAUGAUAACACAGAGACUCUGGAGACACCGCAGUAUGAGGAGAUCCAGUUCACCACCUCUACAGUCCGUCCAGCUGCUCCUCCUCUGGAGUGUAUUUACUACAAAGCUCAGCUUCCUCGCUCCCCGCUGCCUCAACAUUGACAGAGCAGGACACCUGGUUGGUACCUGUACAGCUGGUCUAUUCACCUGUAGUAUUUACAUUUGACAGUUGGAUCAAAGACAUUUUUACCAGAGGUGAAAUAACUUUCUAUUCCACUAGCUCAGGGACUGAACCUGUCAGAGGACUGAUUAUUGGACGGGGGGGGGGGGUUCCGGACUGGUGAAGGACGAUGAGACAGUUUCAGGUUAGCUCACGUGGACUCUGCAGACACACCUGGUGAACAGACCCGAAGGUUUGGUGUGUUUUGUUUUUGCUGCUGUUUAUAACAGUUUCCUUAUUUUUUGCUUUUUUGUUUUUUACUUAUGCUCUGCAGUCUGGAUAUGUACUGUUGACAAGUUAUUAAUAUAUAACUCUUCAUAUAUUCUUUUUAUAUAUUCUUAAUAUAUAAGAAACAACUCUCCCUGUGAUGGAUC